AUGUCACUCUGUCUUUCUUGGGAUAUCCACAAGUUAGGACAAUUUGAGAGUGAUAUCACUUCCUUAGAAUCAUCCCUCACUGAUAGCAUGUCCCAAGCUGAUCUUGAUGAAGCCCAUAAUAUUAUUGACACCUAUAAUAUGGCCCUAACAAAUGAACUCAACAAGACUCAAAGAAAGAAAUUUCUCCGAGACAGUGUUCCACAGACCAGGAACAACCGAUCAGAGGUCCGAGUUAACAAAACACGUAAGCCCCGCUCGAGACGCUUCAAGCGCUUAACGACAAUCGCGAGGGACGGACCCUCACAAACUCCUGACGUCUGCCCAGUGCUCAAUAGAUCUAGUGUUCCUCUCUCCGAAUCGGAGACCUCACUUCUUUCCAAGGGGCUGAAUUUCUGUCCCACGCCACAUGAGGUCGACGAAAAACAAGUCAGAGAGGACACCCGAGCUUUCUUUCGGAGACUUCGGUUGAAGGAGCAUUUUUCUAGAAAAAACUCCGAAGUUGACUCAUAUGACUCUUCUCAGCCACAAUUGCACGACCUAGAGGAACACAAACUCUAUCGGCCAAAAAGUGACUGGGAACCUGCACCGGGCAAAUGCGGAGCCCUUGAGUCGUAUAUUGACGCCGUUGAGUCAGACAUAGAGAAACUCCUUUCAAUGCCAGACAAGGCUCCCGACAAUUUGAGUAAGGAAGAGAGAUCCGCCUUACAAUCAUUAAAGAAUCGGGAUGACAUUGUAAUCAAGAAAGCAGACAAAGGCUCUAAUGUAGUAGUGCUUGAUAAAGAGACGUACAUGGCGGAGGCCCAUAGACAACUCUCAGACGAACGUUUCUAUAAGAAACUGGACUCUGACCCUACUAAAGAAUUCUCCACCGCCAUCACCAAAACUCUUGACGAAAUAAAUAGUGGGAAUUGUAACAGUGGAUGUAAACAAGGAUACUGGGGAGAACGUUGUGAUCAAAAUUGCUCUGCGUUUUGCAAUGGACGGGAGUGUGACCAAAACAGUAGAAAAUGCAAGAGUUGUAUAAACGGAAGGUAUGGAAAUAUUUGUGAGCAGACGUGUAACCCAGGAUGUUUAUAUGAUAUUUGUAACCAAGAUUCUGGAGUUUGCCACUACGGAUGUAAAAACUAUCACUACGGGUAUAGUUGUGAGAAUGGGUGCAACAUUAACUGUAGGCCAAGAAAUUGUGCCAGAGUAGACGGUUCCUGUAGCGGAUGCAAUAGUGGGUACUUCGGCUUGAUUUGCAAUGAAAAUUGUAGUCCUAACUGCCGUGAAGAAAGCUGUGAUCAGCAGACGGGAAAAUGUCACGGUGGUUGUAAACUGAAUUGGGAUGGUGAUCAUUGUAACAGAUGUGAUUCCAUACACUAUGGCAACAAUUGCUCUCAGGAAUGUAGUGAUAACUGUUUGCAAAAAAUAUGUUACAAUUCCACAGGUUUCUGUAUUAACAACUGUAAAACUGGAUUUUACGGACAAAGGUGUGACCAACCGUGCGGUGCAUCAUGUCCUUCGGGAUGUAACAGGUUUUCCGGUGAAUGUGAGGGAUCCUGUGCAAAUGGCAAAUUUGGAAAACAAUGCAACAAAACAUGCAACUCUAACUGUGAAGGUGGUUGCAAUAAAAUCUCUGGCUCUUGUGAUUAUGGCUGUGUUGGUCAAAGAUUUGGAGCUUAUUGUAAGGGCAUAUGUAGUGCUGGAUGUGCUUCCAGUUGCGAGCAAUUAAGCGGGCGUUGUUCAUGUAUAUUAGGAUGGCAAGGAGAUUCAUGUAAUGAAUGUAGACCAGACUACCAUGGUGCAUUAUGUGACUCGAAAUGCAGCCACAACUGCAUAAACGGAACUUGUUUGUCAAACAAUGGAUCGUGCAUAGGAGGAUGUAAAGGCGAUUUUAUUGAUGAACAAUGCACACAAGCUCUCCUACGAAGUGAUCAUUUUUCAUCCCAGACUGCAGCCAUAGGCGCUGGAUUAGGUGCUGGUUUAUUUAUAAUAGUUGCAGUUAUCAUUGCAGGCAUUUUUAUCCUUAGAAACAGAAGAAGAAAGCAAUCAGAAUCCCGAUCAUCUGCAGUUCAUUUUCAGAAAGAAGAUGGUGUUCCUUCCGCUGAGAAUAAGUUAUACACAAACAUAGGAAAUGUUUCUGUUCCGAUCGAGGACCCAGAAGAAGAGCCCCAGAUAGAAAAUCCCGAGGAUGCUGUGUAUUAUAAUGAUCUGUCUGUGGCUAAGGAUAUCGCUGUAUCGGACUUACUGAAUAUAAUUUCACAGAAGGAAGCCAAGGAAAACGAGGGAUUCUUGAAAGAAUUCAAGUCUCUUCCUUACGGAGAAAGAUUUGACUGCGAAAUGGCCAAAACAGAGGAAAAUAUGCCUAAAAAUAGAUUCAAAACCACGUUUCCAUAUGAUCAUUCCCGUAUAAUUCUAGAAGUCAAUAAGGUCUUUCCCUCCGAUUAUAUUAAUGCAAACUACAUUGAGAACACGGAAGGAAAACGAGAAUUUAUUGCAUGUCAAGGCCCACGAGAGAACACGUUAGUUGACCACUGGAGAAUGAUAUGGCAGGAACAUGUAGAACACAUUGUCAUGCUGACCAACCUCAUUGAGGGACCAAAGGUGAAAUGUCAUCAAUACUGGCCAGAUGAAGGAAAGGAAUUGGACAUCAAUCCAUUUUCUGUAGCCUUGGUAGAAGAGAAAGCCUAUGCUUAUUUUGUCGAAAGAAAAAUGAUAGUGCGAAAAAAGAGGGUAACUGGGUCAAGGACGGUCGUACAGUAUCAUUACACCCGAUGGCCAGAUCAUGGGACUCCAAAUCCACUAAACCUGGUUGUCUUCCACAGACAUUUUCGGCACAAAAUCAGAUCAACUCAACAUCCAAUUAUGGUUCAUUGCAGUGCUGGAAUUGGAAGAACGGGUACUUUCAUUGCCCUUGACGUUCUAUCUCGAUAUGGCAAGGACAAGGGCAAGGUCAAUGUUAUAGAGUAUGUCAAGGCCAUGCGUAAAGACAGGAUGACAAUGAUUCAAAAUGUGGACCAGUACGUGUUUCUGUACCAUGCUUUGUACGAGUCCUUUAGAAGAAAAGCGCAGUAUAGGAAGAAAGACGAAUUUCUCCGUCUGUAUGGAGAUGUGGACAAAAUAGAUACACAUAAACAACUAACCAACGAAUUCAAUGAAUUAAUUAGUUUAAAGCCAAGAUAUGAUGCCAAAGAUUUCAAGAGUGGAAAGAAGUUUUCGAAACUGAACUUUACCAAAUCAAUUUUACCAGUUGAGCAAUACCUGGUCUACUUGACUUCCCAUGUUCCUGGCAGAGAAUCUUACUACAAUGCAGUUCAUGUGUCUUCGUUCUCCCGAGCUGAGGAAUUUAUAUCUGCACAAUUUCCUGUGUCUGGUGCGGCCAUAGAUCUUGUUCGUCUGCUUGUAGAUCAUGAGUCAGCAUUCCUAAUUUCACUAAACCCUCUAUCAGAGGUUAAAGAGGAGAACAAGGAAGCCAAUGAAGUGGAGAUAUUUGAGUGUUUAAAUUGGAGUUCCAAUGAUGUUCUUCCAACCGAAACUUCUACAUUGACAAACCUCAUAAAACAGUUCAGCCUUGAUCGCAAGUCUCAUCCCAACGGACAUAUUACUGUUAUAUCGAAGGAUGGAGCAACCUGCUGUGGAGUGUUUUGUACUGUGUAUAACGCCAUAGAACAGUUACAACAGGACGACGAGGUGGACAUAUUUACUAUAGUUCAGCAGUUACAGUGUCGAAGACCUGAAAUGAUAUCAACGAAGGAAGAAUAUGAAUUUUGUUUCAAAGCAGUUUCUGAUUUUUUGAACACAGACAGUGUUUAUGCCAAUACUUAA